AUGCAGUUGUCUCCGCGUGCGCUUGUGCAAUAUCUCAGAGCAGACCGCGGUCUCCAAACUGGACACCAGCACCCUAGAACACGCACCGACUGGUUGAGAACUGCUCUUGACGGAUAUGGCUUCGCUCUCGCGCUGGAUCUCUUUAUGCGAAAAGCGGUCUAUACGGAACCGCAUCAUUCUCGAACCAAGCCUGCGGAUGACGUGACGUCGAUGGGUGGCACUGAUCCAUGCACGUGUCAACACUGCAUCAGCAAUGCCGUUCAGCACACAUUGAAGCAUGGAUCCGUCCCGCCCCCGUCCGUUGGCUACGAGAACGCACUUUAUAACAAGGUCCGGUGUCGGCUGCGGUGCCCCACUCACGCACUUCCUCCGUGA